CAAAAAUAUACUAGCCUAAAAAAUACCAACUCAAAAAAGAUCAAUUUUACAAAGCAAUAUUUUCAUAAGAUAUAAUCAAGUUCAUGACUGCAUUGCUUGAUUUUGCAGAAAAGAUCAAAGCAAAAUUUAUGUGUAUAACACUAUGUAUAAAAAAAUUCUGAACUAUAUAUAUUACUCUAUUUAUAUAACUUCACAAUAUGCUGAUCUUUAUAAUCAAUUUAAUACUAUUUGUCAAUAUAUCAUUGCCCUUUAUGCAAAUUAAUAAAAAGAUCCAAUUCACAUCAAAUAUAUUUUGCAAUAAAAAUUCAGAGAGAUUUCAUAAGAAAAAUAUUAUAAUGAAUCCAUAAUUUAUGUAAAACCUUUUGAUAAAUAAAUAGAAAAAGAAAACAAUCUAUAAUAUAGCAAUAAAAUUUAACUAAAAACAAGAAACACUUUUUUCUUUACAACAAUUAAACAAAAUACAAUUUUUUUUCAAAACUGAUAUCAUGUGGGUUGGAUCAGUUUUGCAUAACUAUGUCAAUAUGAACAACAUCAUCAUAUGUCAAAGCCAUUUUAAUACUAGAGGUAAAUUUAUAACAAUUUUUUAACGGUUUUCCUAUAGGUACUAUUUUGUGACUUGGAAUGUGGCUACAAAAUCUCCUGGACAGGAUCUUAAUUCCUUGUUAGAUUUUCCCUCACAAUAUAAUAAAAAUAAACCACUACCUGAUUUCUAUGUGAUAGGCUUACAAGAGGUAAAAUCACAACCUCAAAACAUGUUAAUGGAUUCACUAUUUUCUGAUCCAUGGACAUCAUCAUUCAACAAAAUACUUUGCCGUCAAGGUUUUGUCAUUGCUAAAAGUACUAGGCUGCAGGGUCUAGUAUUAUUAGUAUACACACAAAUGAAGCAUGUAAUGCAUCUCAGGGAUAUUGAAGCUCAGUAUACAAAAACUGGCUUGGGAGGUAUGUGGGGUAACAAAGGUGCUGUGAGCAUAAGAUUUAAUAUCUACGGCUGUUCUGUUUGUCUGGUAAACUGCCACUUGACUGCACAUGAACAUUUGUUGGCGGAUCGUAUAAACGACUAUAAUACGAUUAUUAAACAGCAUGUGUACCACGUUGGCGAGACAACCAACAUCUUGUACCACGACUAUGUAUUCUGGAUUGGCGAUUUGAAUUUCCGGACAGAUCACCCUCAAGAUGACAGUCCCACAUCUGAACAGAUUGUUGAAACAUUGAACAAAGUGGAGAAAGACAAGUACACAAGCCUACUCAAACACGAUCAGUUAUUGGCUGUGAUGGACACAGGAGAAGCAUUCUCGGAAUUUGUGGAACCGGAGAUUCGGUUUCCACCAACUUACAAAUUUUCUGUUGGCGGCGACGAAUAUGAUGUCAAACGAAAACCUUCGUGGACCGACAGAAUACUAUAUAAGGUGAUAACUAACAACUACGAGAAUGUAACUCUAAGAGCGGACCUGUUGUCAUACAAUCAUAUGCCUCACUACACCGUUAGUGACCACAAACCGGUGGUCGCUAUGUACAGUAUCAAGAUCCGGAACGGAUUCACACGCUCGGUAGUAGCUGAAGCACCACGAGCUAGAUCGGGGAUUAGGAUGCGUUCAGCAAUAGUGAUGCCUUCUACCACGGACGAGGUGGCGACCGGUGCGGUGCCGUUCGUUUCGUCAGACGGUGAAGGUACUAACGUGGUAGCGGUCGAUACGACAGAUAGCUCGCUAGCUAAUGUCCAAAGUACGGAGGAAGAGGUGCAGGCGUUUUCGAAUUAUACUGAGAAAACGGUGGAGUUUGCAGCCAUCAGCGGUAUAUGGUAUAUCGGUGAUGCCGAUUUCAGAACGCAAUGCACAUUAUCGCCCGACGUAGAAAUACAUCCAAACGACUGGAUUGGAAUAUAUGAUGCCAACUUCCACAGUCUCGACGACUUCAUAGCAUACGAAUAUCUUGCCAGAGUGAGCUUACCUCACGCACCCACGACCGCUGGUCAACCUAGAACUAUCACGCUCAGUUUUCCAGUUGGCAGCGGUGUUAGAACGCCAGGCUUCUAUCGUUUUAUAUAUUUUAGUCAACCCAAUCAUGAUGUCAGAAGUGUUUUGGGUAUGUCAGAACCCUUCGAGGUGAGCAGCAAAGAGGACAGAUUAGUAGCCAUAGAUCCCUGCGAGCAAGCGUCAGGCAGUUCAUCGCCCGGACGUUCGAAACCCUCCACUGCCACUACGGACAUAUUCACCGACUUUACCGGCUUAGACGUGGCUAAGUUAUCGCGACACUUCUCCAAUGACCUGAGCAUUGACUGACUAAAGACCUACCUGCCUGGUUCACCGGCCAACUCGAGGAGAAAAGACGCCGUUUAAUCGCACGGUAAUAAACUUUAUUGCACUCAAAAUAGGUGUCAGUUUGGAUUGUUAGUUCAUGAUUCAAAUUAACGUAUAUUUCUAUAAGCGGCCGUCCAUUAAUCACGUGACGUUU